ACAAAUAAAGUGAAAGACAAUUCGUGUCAUGUUGCCGGCACGUAUUUUCAAUAGUUUACUUUUCUAGAACCUCCAAUUAAAAUUUAUUUAUCAUCAUGAAUAUUAUAGAGUCACAAUUUAUCCAGCUAUAAUUAUUGCCACGUGUCAUUAUUAAAAAAUAAUCCAGUUAUUUUUAUUUUGUAUAACGUUAAAAAUUUAGAAGAAAAAAAAAAAAAAAUAGAAUAUUGGAGCUUGAAUUAUUUACAAAUUUGGCAGAUAACCAAUUUGUGAAUUUAUUAAUUAUUUAUUGAUAUAUUCAUUUAUUGAUUAUCAAUUUUUGUUUAUAAUUCAAUUGGUUUAUUGUAAAUUUAUCUUGAAAAAAUAUUAGCCAUCAUGAUGGAUACAAAAAUAAUGACAUUUUCACUGACCAUAUUGGUCAGUUUAUUGUGUUUAUUUGGCUCUACUAAUGGGCUUGCUGUCAUGAGUGUUGACAUUGGUAGUGAAUGGUUAAAAGUUGCAAUUGUUUCACCUGGUGUACCUAUGGAAAUUGCAUUGAAUAAAGAAUCAAAAAGAAAAACACCAAUGACAUUAUCAUUUCGUAAUGGUGAAAGAUUAUUUGGUGAAGAUGCACAAAUGACAGGUGUACGUUUUCCAAAAAAUGGUAUAUCAUAUAUUGUUGAUCUUCUUGGUAAAUCAAUUGACAAUCCAAUUGUUGAUAUUUAUCGUAAACGUUUUCCUCAUCAUGAAAUAAUUGCUGAUAAUGAAAGAAAUACAAUUGCAUUUAAAAUUGAUGAUAAUACAAUAUUUACUCCAGAAGAAUUACUUGCUCAAGUAUUAUCAAAAGCCAAAGAAAUGGCUGAAGAAUCAGCUGGACAAAAAAUUAAAGAUGCUGUUAUAACAGUACCUGGUUAUGCAAAUCAAAUUGAACGUAAUGCAAUAUUACAAUCAGCUGAACUUGCUGGUUUACGUGUAUUACAAUUAAUUAAUGAUUAUACUGCUGUUGCUUUGAAUUAUGGUAUAUUUCAUCGUAAUGAAAUGAAUGAUACAGCUCAGUAUAUUAUGUUUUAUGAUAUGGGUGCUAGUUCAACAAAAGUAACUGUUGUUAGUUAUCAAAAUGUUAAAGUUAAAGAAAGAGGAUAUGUUGAAACACAUCCACAAGUUAGUAUACUUGGUGUUGGUUAUGAUCGUACACUUGGUGGUCUUGAAAUACAAAUUAAAUUACAACAUCAUCUUGCUAAAGAAUUUGAUAAAUUAAAAUUAACUAAAAAUUCAGUAUUUAAUAAUCCACGUUCAAUGGCAAAAUUAUUUAAAGAAGCUGGUAGAGUUAAAAAUGUAUUAAGUGCAAAUAUUGAUCAUAUGGCACAAAUUGAAGGUUUAAUUGAUGAAAAAGAUUUAAAAAUUCUUGUUACAAGAACACAAUUAGAAGAAUUAGCUGAUGAUGUUUUAAAAAGAGUUACAAAUCCAGUUAAAAUGGCUAUUGAAGCAUCUGGUUUAACAUUAGAUUUAAUGUCAUAUGUUAUUCUUGUUGGUGGUGGUACUAGAAUGCCAAAAAUUAAAGAAAUAUUAAAAAAUUAUGUUGGUACUGAUUUAUCACAAAAUAUUAAUGCUGAUGAAGCUGCUGUUAUGGGAGCUGUAUAUAAAGCUGCUGAUUUAAGUCAAGGUUUUAAAGUUAAAAAAUUCAUUACCAAGGAUGCUGUUAUAUUUCCAGUUCAAAUUGUAUUUGAUAAAUCAACAGAUGAUAAAACAAAACAAGUUAAACGAACAUUAUUUGGAAAAAUGAAUGCAUAUCCACAAAAAAAAAUUAUUACCUUUAACAAAAGAAAAGGAGAUUUUGAUUUUAUUGUAACAUAUGCUGAUUUGGAUCAUUUGCCAGAACAUGAAAUUAAAGCUCUUGGACCAUUAAAGUUAUCAACAGUUUCAUUGAAUAAUAUUGCUCAAGUCUUAGAGAAACAUGAAAAAGAUGGUGCUGAGCAUAAAGGAAUUAAAGCACAUUUUACCAUGGAUGAUAGUAGUAUCUUGACUCUAGUUAGUGUUGAGCUUGUUUCUGAAAAAGCAGCUUCUGUUGAAAAAGAUGAAGGUACUUUGUCUAAAUUGGGCUCUACAAUAAGCAAGCUAUUCUCAGGACUAGAAGAUGCUGAUUUAUUUGAAAAACCAGAAGAACAACAAAAAGACGAUACAAAACCAGUUAAAGAAGAAACUGAACAAAAAGAUAAACCAACUGAUGAAAAACCUAGUGAUACAAAUGAAACAAAACCUGAACAACCAGCAAAAACAAUAAAUCAAACUGAAAAAGUUGAAAAAAAAUUAACAACUGUUACACUAAAAGAUCCAAUACCAGCAUCAGAAUUAAAACAUGGUCCACAAGCAAUGACUGUUGAUCAUCUUGAAAAAUCACGUGAAAAAAUUGAUACAAUGGAAAAACUUGAACGUGGAAAAGCUGAAAGAGAAAAAAUAUUGAAUACACUGGAAGCAACUGUUUUCACGACAAAAACACGUUUCGAAGAAGAAGAUGAAUACAAAUCAGCAGCAACAGAAGAAGACAUUAAUACAAUAAUAAAGACAUGUACUGAAACAUUAGAGUGGCUAGAAGAUGAAGGAUUCAGUGCCAAUACUGAAACACUACAAGAAAAAUUAAAAAUCAUUGAAAAUUUAAUUAAUCCAGUUUAUGAAAGAGUUGAUGAACAUCGUAAACGACCAGAAGUUAUCAAUGGAAUGAUAUCAUUGUUAAAUGUUACUUCAGUAUUUUUGGGUAACAUGAAAAAAGCAACUGCAGCUGAUGGAAUUUUUACCACAGUUGAAAUUGAAACAUUAGAAAAAAUGAUAAAUGAAACAACUGAUUAUCACAAUAAUGUUCUUAAAACAACAAGUGAAGCAAAAUUGUAUGAACCAAUUAAAUAUAAAGUUCGUGAUAUUGCAAAUAAAAUGGCUUUGUUAGACAGAGAAAUGAAAUACUUGAUAAAUAAAUUAAAAAUUUGGAAGCCAAAAGUUGAAGCUGUUAAAGAAAAUAAAACAGAAACAACAACAAAAAAUGAAACUGUUAUUGAACCUGAAGAAUCCAGUCAAGGUAGUGAAAAUGUUGAAAUUCCAGUUGAAGAAAAAGAACAAAAUUCUGAUGAAGAAAUUAAACCAACAUUUGAAAAACAAAAUGACUUAAAAGCAGAAAAGAAAAAAGAUGAAAAAUUUGAUGGAAAAAAAACUUAUGAAAAACAUAAUGUCUGGAAUGAAGAAAAGAAAAAAGAAGAAAAAAUUGAUGAAAAAAAAAAACAUGAAGAGCUGUAAAACGCGUAAAAUUUAGGACACAUCAAAUGUAUAUUUUUUUUUUUUACCCCAAUACAAAAUUGCUUUUUAAUUAUAACAUUGAGAGAUAAAUAAAAUUGAUAAUUUACUUAUUAUCGAACUGAUUAUUCAACGGGGUCAGACAUUAAAUAAAAUUCUAUAACAUUUUCAAUAAUUCUCUUCUUAUUCUUUUUUUUUUUUUUUUGUAUUUUUUUCUUCUUUAUUUUAAUAAACUUUAUGUAGUUUAAAUUUAUCAAAAGGUCGGUUUAAAUAAGCCUCGAAUUAAUACACAAAUGUGAUAAAUUUUCAUCGGCUUAUGUUUGCAAUAUCAAAAGUGUUCCGUAAAUUAUUUAUCAAAAAAUUUUCAAUGAUUAUUUAAAGAUAUUGCCAACCGAUAUAAUAUUAUUAAAUUCUCCAGUAAAAUAUUACAAAUUAUUUUUAAGUCAGGCCUAUUAACUUAUUUAUCUUCCUGACAAUUUAAUAAUUUUUUCAUUAUACACUUUGUAAUAAAUAAAUUUAAAAAACAGAAAAAAAAAAAAAA